CAGUGACUCCCUGGAAUCUGGUACAUACUCUCCAGCCCUAGCUGCUCCUCCAGGACUGGCGCCCUGGGGCUGCCUCACAUCUGGGGUGUCUCCUUGGAGCCGGGCUCUUUCUGGAGGCUGAGGUUCACCAGCGUCGUCAGGCUCCUCCAUGAAUGAGACAAACCAAACCAUUAUGGGGCCCUCAGAGCUCCCCACGGCAUCAGCCAUGGCCCCUGGACCAGGCACUGGGGUCCGGGCAUGGCCGGUGCUGGUUGGGGUUGUGCUGGGGGCUGUGGUCCUCUCUCUCCUCAUCGCACUUGCUGCCAAAUGCCACCUCUGUCGCCGGUACUAUGCCAGCUAUCGGCACCGCCCACUGCCUGAGACAGGGAGGGGGAACCGCCCAGAGUUGGGCGAAGAUGAGGAUGAUGAUGGCUUCAUUGAGGACAAUUAUAUUCAACCUGGAGCCAGCGAGCUGGGGACAGAGGGUAGCAGGGAACACUUCUCCCUCUGAGCCCCAAUCUUUGGACACUGCCCCCUCCCUCCAUACCUGACAGCUUAAGGACAGUGGCUACUACGUGGGAGCCUUGAGUCUCAGGGACAGAGACAGAGGGCUUAAAGGUUGACCAGGGGUUGAGCAAUCCUCCUUUCCCUAACAUUAGCCACCAAAGUGACAAUGACUUCUCUUUUGCUCAAUAACACUCAAUGGCUCCUUGCUGUUCUCAGGACAAAGCCUAACAAAGGCUUGAGUAUGGAAAAA